AUGAGCCACAAACGGUACGAAACGAUCCGUCAACUCGGAGAGGGACAGUUCGCCAUCGUCUAUAUGGCCAAGGAUUUGGAAAGCGGCGAGACUGUGGCCAUCAAGAAAGUAAAAUAGGAUUUGGACUGGAUUUGGAAGUUAGAAACUACAUUUCAGAUCAAACUCGGAUCGAGAGAAGAGGCCAAAGACGGAAUCAAUCGGACGGCGAUCCGAGAGAUCAAACUGCUCAAAGAGAUUCAUCACGACAAUAUUAUUACGGUGAGAGAGCGAUCUGCUCAAGAGUACGCGUGAUUUCAGCUACGCGACGUCAUCGGACACCGCACCAGCAUCCAGCUCGUCUUCGACUUCAUGGACACUGAUCUUGAGCACGUUGUCAAGGAUCAGUCGAUCAUUCUGAUGCCGGCGCACAUCAAGAAUAUCACGAUGCAAAUGCUGCUCGGGCUCGAGUUUCUUCAUGUUCACUGGAUUCUGCACAGAGUACGUAACAAAAUAGAAAUAGAAAUGGAAAGCUAAAUGUUUGACGGGGCAAACUUGAGACCGGUUUUCUUUAAAAGGCUGUAAAAACGCGUCGAUAUGCAAAGCCAUAAAACGAGAAUUGUGAGAAUGAAGGAAACAUUUUUCAGGAUCUGAAGCCGAAUAACUUGCUGAUGAACAACAUGGGACGGGUGAAGCUCACCGAUUUCGGUCUCGCUCGCUUCUUCGGAUCGCCCAACCGCAAUUACACCCAUCAGGUGGUCACCCGGUGGUAUCGUGCUCCGGAACUGCUCUUCGGCGCCCGCUCGUACGGAGUCGGAAUCGACAUCUGGUCGGUCGGAUGCAUCAUUGCCGAGCUUCUUCUCAGAGUAAGUCUCACGACGCUCCGCCAACUUCUUCUCCUUCUUCUUCAGAAUCCGAUUUUCCCAGGAGACAGCGACAUUGAUCAGCUCGUCAAAAUUUUCAACGUGCUCGGAGUGCCGACGGCGGAGACGUGGCCGGCGAUGACGUCGAUGAGCAGUUAUGUUCAAAUCAAGUGAGGCAUAUUUCCGAAGACGUAUUCUUCUAAAUAAUGCAACGUUUUCAGACCACAAACCGACACUCCCGGUCUCAAUUUCAUCUUCUCCGCCGCUUCACAAGAUUUGAUCGAUCUUAUGACGGUAUUUGAGCCCAGAGUGUUCAGAUUGAACGGAAAACUUUCAGGGAAUGUGGACGUUCGAUCCAGUGAAACGACUGACGUGCACGCAGUCCCUUCAGAUGGAAUACUUCCGAACGCAGCCGUUCGCGUGCCCCGACGAAGAGCUUCCUCUGCCGAACCGACACCCGCAGAAGAAACGGCGCCGCGACGAAGACAACAGUCACACCGUCCGACGGCUCGUCUUCGAUUAA